CAUUCACAAAAUGGAUUUUUUUUGUUAUUUUCUUGGUCUCAUGUGGUGUUACUGUCAUUUCAUCAACGAUUUAUCCAACUCCUACAAUUUCCUACGGGUAUUCGUCAACAAUUGCAGUGAAUUCUUCUACACCUUCGAGCUUUUAUCAGCGGGGCAUCAACAUCUGUUCUUUUUCAACAAUCAACUCAACGACAGGAUCUAUUGUAUCCCCUAACUAUCCGAAUGGCUUUGGUAGCAGGACCUGUAUCUUAACAAUCAGGCAACCCUUAAACUUCGCAGUGAAGUUCAAUGUUUCGUAUAUAAAUUUAAAACAUAUAAAAAAUGGUAACCAAAUAAUAUGUUUGGAUUCCAUUACUAUAUCUGGUGGAACAUCAAAACAAUUCUGUGGCAACGAGACGUCUUUAACAUUUACACCAUAUACCAAUGUUGUAACAUUGACAUUCAGAUCAAAUGGAACGGCACCUAUGGAAGGAUUUAAUCUUACAUUUACAACUUUCUAUCGAACGGAUUUACCUUCUGCAACAAGUGUUUGCUCAAAUAAUAUCAUAUACACUUCAGCUGGUCGAAUUUACUCACCUGGAUUUCCUAAUGCCUACAGUAACAAUCUAAGAUGUAGUGUCACAAUUGUUGUUCCUUUUGAAAAAGCACUGGAAAUCGUGAUCAAUUAUUAUGAUAUCGAAUUACAUUCCACAUGUGUAUGGGAUAAAUUGUCAUUGUCAAAUGGUGCCACAUCAAACGUCAUUUGCGGUCACUCGCCAAUCAACGGUCGGCCACAGAAAUUUAACGAUGGGAAUGUUGUCAUAAGUUUUACAUCUGACUUCAUUAUUACUCGUACUGGAUUUUUGCUGACUUUUCGUAAUAUUCCUUUAAUAAGAUCGUCUAUUGAUUGCAUUUUUGAUAAUGGUUUUUGCAACCAGACAAAGACAGAUAAUUGGGUAAGAACUAAUGGAGCAUCUGGAAUUAAUCGUCCCACCUUCGAUCAUACAACUGGCACUUCAACAGGUAUGUAGAGUAAAGUUGUAUCUAG